CGGGAAACGAACCCCUACCUUUUCGCUUAUCACCACUAUAUUUCCCUUCCGAAAAUCUCACCUUCUAAUCUCUCUCUCUUUCUCUCUGUCAUCUUUCACAGGAGAAAAUCAUAAUCUUUCUUCUAUAAUAUUCUGGGAUUUGUUCUGUCGCAGAAGAAAUGACAGCUCCAAACAUGGCGGCCGUUACUGCUUCUUUAGAGAGGUCUCUUCAGAACUGUUCGCUAAACCACCAAACAAGAAGCGGUACAGGCUCCGGUUUAGGCAUAGGAGGGUCUUCAUCAAGCUCAGACGAGACACCGGAUAAUCAUCUCCCUAACUCGGACACCACCUUAGAGCUCAACUCCCAUAUGUCUCUCCCUUACCACUGGGAACAAUGCCUCGAUUUAAAGACAGGGGAGAUUUACUAUAUAAACUGGAGGACCGGCAUGAAAGCCAAAGAAGAUCCAAGGAUAACAGCAGAAUACAGCGGAGAUUUCUACUCAGAAGACGAAAGCUCAUAUGACAGCGAGGAGUCUUCCUCGGAAUCCUCUCCUUCAUCCAGAGAACGUUACCGGGUAGAUCAGAAAGACCAUAAAGACCAUGUUUUGGUCGUGGCUGGGUGCAAGAGCUGUCUCAUGUAUGUCAUGGUGCCCAAACAGGCCGAAGAUUGCCCCAAAUGUAGCGGUCAGCUUCUCCACUUUGAUAAAUGUGAAAAUGGUUCUCCGUGAAUGACAUUUCUUAUCUGAUUUUUUAUCCUUAUGAUCUUCUUUUUUUUCCCCUUUUUUUACUUUUUCUUUGAAAACCCCUUUGUGAUUUUGAAGCCUUUCAUUGUGGAUUGAUGGAAUGGGAGAGACAAAUGGGUUUGGUUA